AUGUCGUCGACCAUAAUUCCGAAAAUGUUGAUAGCAAGUUCUACGGAUUUAUACGCAUUAAGGGUCGAUAACUCCACUCCGUACACUAACGGCAGCGCAAAAACGCAUGAUACAGGUAAUUGUCUGACGUCUUACUGUGUCCCCAUCACGAUCGCCAUCAGUUGCAUCGCUCUUAUUGGUAUAAUUACCAACCUAAUCGUCGUUUUCGUUAUAGUAAAAGACUCGCGGCUACGUAGACCAACGUUUAUUGCAAUUGUCGCUUUGUCACUGUCCGACUUUACUUUUCUCUUGUUCCGAUAUAUCCGGUAUGUAGUGAUGGGGUACUUCCGGGACCUUAUUUCCGCCCAUGUGAUGAAGACGAUUAAGUUUGUGUGCGACCUGGUUGGUUUGACAGCGGGUGGCUCCUCCAUCAUGCAUGUUUUACUACUGUCCGUUCUGCGUUACUAUAUUGUGGUGCACCCAUUGAAGAGUCAUAUCGCCAUCACUAACAAGAGGAUAAUUCUGGUGUCGCUGUGUGUGUGGGUGUUCAGUGCGCUCAACGGGUGGUUUUAUCUUUACGCCGUGAUUAUAAACAGGGAGAAUGACCUUCAGAUGUCCAAGGUCACCAAUAUCACUAUCACCUUGGUGAUGUCCAUUCUCCCACUAGCUACCAUCUUGUUUUUUCAUGUGUUAAAGGCCAGAACGCUCAAGGAUUCUCUCGCCGCGUGUAAACUAAACGCCACAAAACAAAUGUCGCAGAUUGUAACGUUUGUCAUUGUCACUUACAUCGUUACGACGACGCCGGCCAACACCAGGGACAUACUGGUGAUUUCCUGGGGCCAUUCCAAGGAGACGUGGAUGAUGGUGUUCGGUCAGAUAGGACGGUUGUUAUUGUUCAUGAACUACGCUAUCAAUCCGUUCAUCUAUUUCGUCCACUCACCCCAAUUCAGGAAGAACAUUCGGUACUGCUGGAGGAAGCAACACUUACAUAACGUGUCCACAGGACGGACACCUCGCUCCAUGUCAUCACUUUCACGUGUUACAGAGGCGGUCACUCUACCGCCGGACAAUACUCACCUGUAAUAAAGAUACCAAUAGCCUUGUACAGGAGUGGAUACUGCUCGCGUACAAUAUUGGGGAUGUUUGCCUUUGAACAUUCAGAGCUGGAAACUUCUCGCAUGUAACGACAAGAUCUUGGGUUGGAUAAGGACCACAUGUAGAUAACGAGAUGGGUCGUUUGCGUCUGCACACCGGGUACCCCGAUCCGUCUGCACACCGGGUACCCCGAUCCGUCUGCACACCGACGAUUCGCCUGCACAACGGGUACCCCUAUCUAGUACGGAGUUAUCCUGGUGGUGCGGAGCAAAGUAAGCUGAAAUUGUCUUGACAUCAUGUAACAAACCUUUAUUUUCGUCUGACACAGUUUAAUCGUGACCUAUGCAAAAUAUGAAAUAGAAAAUUGCCGAUUUUUUUUAUAAUCACAGUUGAGAUAUGAAUUAUGUCACUAAAAAGGACAAAUUCGCCAGUUUAUUUAAAUUUUCUGUCGUUAAUAAGCUGUAUUAAUUUUUGCCUGGAACGUAGAGUAUUGGAGUGGAAUUAAAGAUCUGGUUUAAAUCAGAUUGGUGCAAUCGGGACGGAGUUUUAUGCAUUUGAUUUUUUGAAGCGGGAAUUGGUCCCCAUCCUCCUGGACCCGUCUUUGAUGAGUGUAUUAUGUGUAUAACAUAUAUUAUGUCAUACAGGACCGAUAUCUGACCGACAGUGUUCUUCAACAGUUUUUAUUCGCAAUCUGCAUUUGGGUUUCAUUACAAUUUACAUAGUGUAGUUAGUGGUUUUGCUCUGUACCAAUUGAUCAUGUACUUCGUAACGGCCGGAUCAUUUCAAAAAAUGUACUUCGUACUGUACGGAUCCUCGUGAAACUGUAGUUGCUCGAAAAAGAAAUAUGAUGUAUGAAAUAAAAUGAACCAGACCGACAUAUUUGCAAAUACUGCAGAAAGCAUAUCAAACUUUCCAAAGUUACCUGUUGUUUUGCACCAUAAUACAUAUUAGAAGAUAAAACUGAGUUCAUACGGCAAGAUCACGACAUUUCCGUAAAAAUCGUAAGUCUAAGAGUGGAACUGUGUGAUCAUCCUUUUGGCAUAAUUUUCAAUAUUUUCUAUUGUAAUAUUUGAACAUUUGUCUCAUCGUCAUAUUUCUUAUUGGUCUUAAAAUAGGUAAAAACUGACCAUUUCAAAUAUGAAUGCCUGUGUAACAUUGCUUACUCUGUUCACACCACCAAGAUAACUCCGCACCACCCGGAUAACUCCGCACCACCCGGAUAACUACGCACCACCCUGAUAACUCCGUACCACCCGGAUAACUCCGCACCACCUGGAUUACUACACACCACCCGGAAAACUCAACACCACCCGGAUAACUUCGUACCACCCGGAUAACUCCACACCACCCGGAUAAAUCCACACCAUUCGGAUAACUCCACACCACCCGGAUGAAUCCACACCACCCGGAUAAUUCCACACCAUUCGGAUAACUCAACACCACCUGGAUAACUCCACAGCACCCGGAUGAAUCCACAUCAAUCGGAUAACUCCGUACCACCCGGAUAACUCCACUCCACCCGGAUUACUGCGCACCAACUGGAUAACUCCGUACCAUAUCGCUCGUGGUACCCGGUGUGGUCCGGGACUUGACAGUAUUGUAAUGUAUGUUCUACCUGAUCUCUACAGUGUGAUGAAAUCGAUCUCAUUCUUGUUUACAGAUUUCUUCAUUUCUAAUGUAUUUCAAGAACUGGGUUGACUGUGUUGGCUGAGCUCAUUGUUAAAAUGUCUUUGUUGUGCUCUCAUUCUUGGAGGUACAUUUGUACGCCACUGGAUCCGAUGGUACACCAUACAAUUCAAAAUUCGAUAAAAUUAAUGUAAUGAAAUAUUGUAGUUAAUUGUUAUGCGACACAGGCCAAGUUCAACACAAAAAUGCAUAAUUAUUCAAAAAAUAUUUAUUUCAUUUUCAACGUAUUAA